AUGGCUCGUAAUGAAGAGAAAGCUCAAUCCAUGCUAUAUCGUUUCCGUGAGGCACAAGCUGCGGAACUUGGCCUCUUAAAACCUAAAGAACGUCGGCCUUAUUUAGCAUCCGACUGCACUAACGUAAGAGAGGCUGAAAAAUGGCGACAACAAAUCCUUAGGGAGAUAUCACGCAAAGUGUCAAAAAUACAAGAUG